UCAGGCAGUCUAGUAUGGGGGAGGGUAGAGAGAGCAAGCAUCUCAUGCAGGGAUGCAGCAAGCCUCUGAUUGGCUGCAUAUACACACGACAUCAGAGCUGGAGAAAGCAGAGAGGGGAGGAAACACUGCGACGCAAGGAGGGAUCCCAGCAUCUCACUUCACUGGGUAUUCAGUCCUGAGCUUCUCCCGUUGGGGCAAAUCCCCUGAAUGCAGGCGCUUGACAUCUUCACAUCUAUUUCCAAAGCAGCGCUCCUCCUCUAGUCUCUUUAGCCAUGAACUACCUGCGCCGGCGUCUGUCGGACAGCACCUUUAUCUCCAACCUGCCUAAUGGCUACAUGUCAGACCUGCAGAAACCAGAUCCUCCUCAGCCUCCCCCUCCCGGACCAGCCUCAGGACCGGCUCCGGUGUCCCCGGGCCAGGAGAGAAAGCCCAUCCAGCCUCAGCCUCUGGGGACGGGAUUCUUCAGCUCCAUCACCAGUGUGGUGAAGCAGACGGCCGCCUCAGCAGGGCUGGUGGAGCAAACGGCUGUGCCCGCCUCGUCCAAGAGACACAAGCUCCUGCUGGUCAUCGAUGAACCACAACAGGACUGGGCCAAACUCUUUAGAGGGAAAAAACUGAAUGGAGAUUAUGAUAUUAAAGUUGAACAGGCUGAGUUUGGAGACAUCAGUGUUGUGGCUCAUGCUAAUGGAUCAUAUAACGUGGCUGUGCAGGUUCUGCAGAAUGAAAACACAGUUGUCAGGUCAUUCAAGCCUGACUUUGUCCUGAUCCGACAGCACGCUUACAGUAUGACAGAGAAUGAGGAUUUCCGUAACUUAAUCAUCGGCCUGCAGUACGCCGGCAUUCCCAGCAUCAACUCCCUGGAGUCCAUUUACAACCUCUGUGACAAGCCCUGGGCAUUUGCAUGUCUGAUCAGCACAUGCAAGAAACUUGGACAGGAGAAAUUCCCAUUAAUUGAACAGACGUUCUAUCCCAACUAUAAAGAAAUGGUGACCAUGCCGGCAUUUCCAGUUGUGGUGAAAAUCGGUCACGCUCACUCUGGUGUGGGGAAGGUGAAAGUGGAGAACCACACAAAGUUUCAGGACAUAGCGAGUGUGGUGGCCAUCACUCAGACCUACAGCACGUGUGAACCUUUCAUCGAAGCCAAAUACGACAUCAGGAUCCAGAAAAUAGGAAAUGAUUACAAAUCUUACAUGAGGACGUCAGUCUCAGGUAACUGGAAGUCCAACACUGGCACUGCCAUGGUGGAGCAGGUGGCUAUGACCGACAGGUAUAAGCUUUGGGUUGACACCUGCAGUGAAAUAUUUGGAGGCCUCGAAAUUUGUGCUGUUAAAGCUAUUCAUGGAAAAGAUGGAAAGGAUUACAUUACUGAGGUAAUGGGUUCGUCUAUGCCAUUGGUGGGGGAACAUCAGGCCGAAGACCAGCAGCUAAUAGCAGACAUGGUCAUUGCCAAAAUGAAUCAUGUUAUGACACAAAAUCCCAAAAGACCAACUGCUAUUCAACCAAGAAAGAAUGCUGUUGAUAAGGAUGCGGUGGUUGAAGUAAAGAACGCCCCACCACAGAAAGCUCCUCCACAAGGCUGCUUGCAGUACAUUCUUGACUGUAAUGGUGUUGCAGUGGGACCAAAAUUAGUGCAGGCAAACUAACAUAACCGUGAAAGCUCGAAGCAUUUAAGCUCCUGACAGGUUGUGUUCAAACAUUCAGACAGUGACCUGAGGUGCAAGGGAACAAAUAAUCUGUAAGAAAAGUCUUAGUUUGGGCCUGAUCCGUAUUUCAGUCUGUACUGUGUAACUUUCACUGUUCUGCGCUUGUGAUGGUUGCUUUGUUUCAAUGUGAAGCGGUUGUCUCUUCAGGGUUGUUUUGUGGUGAUACAGCAGAUUGUGCCUAGUGUUCAGUGCCACUCUUUCCUUGUACUUAUUUUUUUCUUGUCUCAUGUCUUGUGUUAUGUUUUAGUAAAUGGUGUUCAAAGAGUUACAGGGUGUGUGUGUGUGUGUGUGUGUGUGUGUGUGUGUGUGUAACCUACCUUGUAUUCGCUACAUUAUGGGGACCAAAUGUUCCAACUAGUAUAAUAAAACCAGUAAAUUUUGUCCUUGUGGGGACAUUUUUUGGUCCCCAUGUGGGAAAAAGCUUAUAAAUUAUACACAACGUUUUUUGAAAAAGUAAAAUGCAGAAAGUUGUGUGCGAGGGGUAGGUUUAAGGUAUGUGUGUGUGUGAAUGGUUGUAUACAUACAUGAAUGGAGACUAUAAAAUAUAAAUGAACAUUUAAUUGCAUGAUCAAAUGUGUGUGUGUCAUUGUGUGUUAAAAGGUAAGGUGUGCAUUUUCUUUUGUGACAUCACUGUUGAAAUAAUAGAUAUCAUACUGUAUGCACUUCUAGUAUUGUGAAUGUGUUAUAAAAUAUGGUGAAAUGUAUUUGCCACAAUGGAUGAAAGCUAUAUUACUAAACAUCAAUAAUUUUUUGUUCUUGUUACUAAUAUUAUUGCAGAAAUGCGAUUACAUAAUAAGCAAUAAAAAUAAAACUCUGAACAAACAAUGAACCAGUUAAGUGAAUGUGCUUAACCUUCAGACAAUGUUGACGGUCAACCUUGAGAGUUCAAAAUAAAAUUAUAUUGUUUAAUUUCUCUUCAUUUAUAUUAAAUAUGCAAACCUUGUCACCAAACUUUGGGAUCUAAACCCCCAAUUAAAGAAAACUACAAAAUAAACCACAAAAUGA